AUGUUUAUGUCUCUUCCUACGUUGACUGUUCUUAUUCCACUGGUUUCUUUAGCAGGACUGUUCUACUCGGCCUCUGUGGAAGAAAACUUCCCACAGGGCUGCACUAGCACAGCCAGCCUUUGCUUUUACAGUUUGCUCUUGCCUAUUUCCAUACCAGUGUAUGUAUUCUUCCACCUUUGGACUUGGAUGGGUAUUAAACUCUUCAGGCAUAAUUGAUGUAACUAGUGUCAAUAUGCUAUAUUUAUUAAUAAUAGCUCUUGGGCAUCUAUCUCUGAAAGCUCAACUGGAUGGAAGUUUGCAGGAAAGAGGCUUUGCUUUGUGUAUAUCAGGCUUAGGACUGUGGGAGACUUAAGUUGCAGAUGCUUCUUUUGUUGUACUCUUGCUCUGCCCUUGUGUUUUGCAGGCUCUGACUUAUAACUGCUGUAUCAGAGAAAACAUUUUGACAGUGUCUUGUUGGAGAUGAACAUCCCCAAUUGUCAUGUCAUGAGUAUUUCUUAUUCUGUUCAUCUAAAAGUUACUGAAAUUUUGUUUUGCUUGUUUGUUAAGUUUAAGGUCUUUGGUAAAGUCACAUGUUAGGAAUGACUGAAAUAAUUCUAAAGGAGUGAUGUUGAAAUACUCUCUCUAAGGGAGACAAAUGCAUUUGAACAAGUGUGAUAUAAAACCAUAUCAUCAAAUAGAAAUUUCAGGUACUUAACAGAAAUUAAGUUUGUAAAAUUACCUUCAUUUCUUUGACAUUAACUGCUUAUAUUAGCAAUAAAGAUGUUGACACUUUACCAUAAAAGAUGAAAUAAACCAGUUUGCAGUAGUCA